AUGAACAGGGAAAAGGUUCAGGUGGGAGACGUCUCAGUUGCUGCUCCGCCGGCGUCCGGUGUGACUGCCCAAACAGCUGUGAUCGUCGUGGCUGCUCCGGAAAGCAUGGACAAUCACGGCGAGAAGCGGCUCUCUGCCAACGCACUGUCGGUGUUUUCCUGCCCCGGGGGUAGAGACAUACUGCAAGCGGACAGUCGAAACAACUCUCCACGUCAAGAGCCGGCUCCGGUAGCAAUGCCAAUGCUUCACCGGACCACUUCAUUUUCGGUUUUGGACAUUUUGGACCCAAAUAAAUUUACGAGCAAAAAGCCAAAUCCUAACCGGACAGGCAGCGAAUUCGCCUUCGGGACAGAGAACCGUGGAGGUGAUGACUCGAAUCAUGAUGUAGAGCAGAAGUCUUAUGCAGACGACUAUGACACAUGUCAAAAAUCUACAGGACUAAAGGAGGGGUUCAUGUGUGCCUACAGAUCCGAAGAAUGCGAGAAUGAUUUCAAAAGAGGCUCCCACUCUGACAGCGAGAUGCAGGAUGACGUGUGUAGUGAGGAGAGCAGCAGCGCACUAACUGGAAACGCGGAGGGGGAACUGGAACACCAUGAUGACGACGACCAGGCGAGCAAGAGCCCAAGAAGUCCUGGUGGACAGCAAACUCAACAGUCAGGGUCGAAUGGACAAAGUAAUCAAGGAAAGCCGAAGAGAAAGCGCUCUGGCUCCGAUUCAAAGUCGGGUAAGCCCCGAAGGGCCCGGACAGCAUUCACUUACGAACAACUUGUUGCAUUGGAGAACAAAUUCAAGUCCACCCGAUACCUCUCUGUGUGUGAGAGGCUCAAUUUGGCACUGUCACUCAGUUUGACUGAAACUCAAGUCAAAAUCUGGUUCCAGAACCGACGGACCAAGUGGAAGAAACAAAACCCUGGCGCAGAUACCAGCGCCCCGACGGGCGGUGGCCAGAACGGCCAGAGCAAUGGACUAGGAAACCUGAGUCCACUCAGCUCGUCUCCUCCCAUGAGCCAUCUGUCAAUGCACACGGGCUACCCAGGUCACGGACCAGGCGGGCUAGUCUGCACCACCCAAUUACCCUUUCUGCCAAGUCAUGCGGUACUGUCACCUUUCAUGUUAGGAUCUCAGACUUACGGAGCGCCUGCGUUUUACACUUCUCACCUGUAA